AUGGCGGCCAUAUUGACUGAUCAUUCAAGGAAAAUACGUCAAGAAAAUCUCUUCGUUUAGUGUGUUCUUUACGUCACUUUGCUCUAAAAUUACUGUUAAAACAGAUGCCGUUAGUGCAUUUAUGUUACAAAUUGCUUAUGCACAAUUUAUGACGUGAGCAAGAUCGACAGUGACACGUGAUUGGAAAGGAAUUUUGUUCAAUUUGCCUUUGUUGGGCCGCUACCAGACAGUUGAGGAUGAAGCGAUUUCAUGACUCAAGAUGAGCAAGGGUGGAUUGGAUUUCAGCAGCCCCCUGUUUGGUCCAACAUGUAAUGAUGACAACUCGAAAUUGAAGUUAAAUAAAUCCUCACUUGAUUCCAGAAAUGGUUCAAAUGAAAAAAAAUAUGAUGUAGAAGAUAGCGGAUCAGGCUCCAACUCAAGUGGUUCAAGUUCAGACUCCGAUUCUGAAUCGGGAUCCGGGUCAGGGUCAGGGUCAGGAUCUGGAGCAGGUGAAGUUCAAAAGUCAGUCAAGUCCAGUGCAUCAGAUAGCUCUUCAGAUUCCAGCCAUGGCAAUGAGAGUGAAGCUAACUCUAACAAGUCUGAGAGUGGAUCAGACUGCAGUGAUGAGGAUCACGAGACCAAGAGACCCAAGGUAGAUUUUACCACCUCAGACUCCCAAGAUGUGCCCUCAACAGGCAAGAAGGGUCGUCCUCGCAAAGCAAAUAUCGGUGAACUCAAGGAAAUUGUGGAACAGAAUCCUGACUUGUAUGGACUGAGGCGGUCAGGCCGGUCUAAGAAGGAGCCCAUUAGGUACACCUCCAUUAAUGAAAGUGAUGAUGGGGAUUCUUCAGGCAAGAAACGAUCCCGGAGAAAAGGGUCUGGGGACUGGGGCGGUAGUCAUAGCACCAGUGACAGUGACAGUGGAUCAAGUGACGGCUACAAAGCUGCUAUCCGACAAAAACGACCACCACAGUCAAAGAGGUCUUCCCGUCGCCCAACAAAGACACAACAUCGACGAGCAGCAGGAGGGAAAAGGAGGGAGAGGCGCCUGUCUGACUCGUACGACUCUGACAGUGAUGAAGAUCGCAGGACGUCCUUUAGAAACACUGCCAGUAAGAUUAGUUACAAGGAGCAGUCGGAUGAUCGCACUGAUUCUGACGACCUGAUAGAGGUGGCACCAGGAGAAGAGGCGGCGGAGCCUGUUGUUGAGGACAACAGAGAGUGUAUAGAGAAAAUCCUUGGCGAUAGGAUGGGACGCAAAAUAGCCAUUGGCAGUAAGACAACCAUCUACAAUGUACAGGACAACGGUGACCCUAACGACGGCUGUGACCCCAAGACAGAGGAGACGUCCCAGCAGUACCUCAUCAAAUGGAAAAACUGGGCUCAUAUCCACAACACCUGGGAGUCGUACGAUAAUCUCAAGGAGCAGAAGGUUCAUGGACUCAAGAGGCUGGAGAAUUACAUCAAGAAAACCAACGAGAUUAAAGAAUGGAAGGAACAUGCCACGCCUGAGGAUCGAGACUACUAUGAUAUUCAGCAGGAGAUGAUGGAAGACCUGUACUAUCAGUACCGUAACUGUGAACGUGUCAUAGCCCAUUCCAACCAGAAGAUGGCUAACGAGAAUAACGGCUACCCUGACUACCUUUGCAAAUGGAUGGGUCUGCCCUACUCCGAGUGUACUUGGGAGGAAGGUGAACUCGUCUCCCGCAAAUUUCAGCCAGUUGUCGAUGAGUACCAAGCUCGUAACAAAUCACAAAAAAUUCCCACAAAGCUUUCAAAGGUUUUGAAGUCCCGUCCCAAGUUCGCACCUCAAAAGACCCAACCAAAAUUUCUUGGAGGUGUCGAGUCCCUGGAGCUGAGAGACUACCAACUGGACGGAGUUAACUGGCUCAUGCAUGCAUGGUGCAAGGAGAACAGUGUGAUCCUGGCUGAUGAGAUGGGGCUUGGUAAGACUAUACAGACCAUUUCCUUCAUCUCCAUCCUCCACAACUGCUACCAACUUCAUGGACCCUACCUCAUUGUUGUGCCACUCUCGACUGUCGUCGCCUGGCAACGCGAGUUUGAAAUCUGGGCACCCGAAAUGAAUGUUGUGAUAUAUAUGGGUGACAUCAUAAGUAGAAACAAGAUUAGAGAGUUUGAAUGGUGUCAUCCUGGAAACAAAAGGUUAAAGUUCAAUGUGCUGAUAACUACAUAUGAAAUUUUAUUGAAAGACAAGUCAUUCCUUGGGGGUGUGCAAUGGGCGUUCCUGGGGGUGGAUGAGGCUCAUCGCCUUAAAAACGACGACUCCCUCCUAUACAAGUCUUUGUUCGAAUUCCACUCCAACCAUCGCCUCCUGAUCACAGGCACACCACUUCAGAACUCCCUGAAGGAGCUCUGGGCCCUUUUGCACUUCAUCAUGCCAGACAAGUUUGAUUCUUGGCUUGACUUUGAGGGCAUGCAUUCUUCAGAGAACAAAACUGGAUUUACCAACCUACACAAAGUACUUGAACCAUACUUGCUUCGCCGAAUGAAGAAGGAUGUUGAAAAGUCACUACCAGCAAAAACAGAACAAAUAUUGCGUGUGGAGAUGACAUCACUACAAAAGCAGUACUAUAAAUGGAUUCUCACAAAAAACUACAAAGCAUUGUCGAAAGGUUUGAAGGGUAACAUUGGGAGUUUUGUGAACAUCAUAAUGGAACUUAAAAAGUGUUGUAACCAUACACAGCUGAUCCGUAUGCCCGAGGACGAGACUUCCAUGGAAAAGUUUCAGGCCCUGUUGAAAGGCAGUGGCAAGUUGUUGUUAUUAGACAAACUAUUGUGUCGGUUAAAGGAAACGGGACACCGAGUGCUAAUAUUCUCACAGAUGGUACGCAUGCUGGAUCUUAUAGCGGAAUAUCUCACUGCCAGACAUUUCAAUCAUCAGAGGCUGGAUGGCUCUAUACGAGGAGAUCUACGAAAGGCAGCUUUAGAUCAUUUCAAUGCGGAGGGAUCGCCGGACUUUUGUUUUCUGUUGUCCACAAGAGCAGGGGGCCUGGGUAUAAACCUGGCGACGGCCGACACAGUCAUUAUAUUUGACAGUGACUGGAAUCCACAGAACGAUCUACAGGCUCAAGCCAGAGCCCAUAGAAUUGGCCAAAAGAACCAGGUGAGCGUGUACAGACUGGUCACCAAAGGCAGUGUAGAGGAAGACAUCGUAGAGAGAGCCAAGCGCAAAAUGGUGCUCGACCAUCUGGUCAUUCAGCGAAUGGACACAACAGGUCGGACGGUGCUUGAUCGCGGCCAUGUUCCUUCAAGUAAUACUACUCCAUUCAAAAAGGAGGAAUUGAGUGCCAUUCUCAAAUUUGGUGCUGAGGAAUUGUUCAAAGAGUGUGACAGUGAUGACGAAGAACCACAAGUUGACAUUGACGAGAUCCUGCAGCGUGCAGAAACUAGGGAGGUUGAACCAACGACCGUGGGAGAUGACCUCCUGUCACAGUUCAAGGUCGUCAGCUUCGACAACCUGGAGGAAGAAGAAAUAGAACGCAUUGGAGAAAGUAAUAAUGAUGAUCCUGGGAAAAUGUGGGAUGCAAUUAUUCCGGAAGGUGACAUCCGCAGAAUUGAAGAGGAGGAAAGGCAGCAACAGUUAAUGGAGCUCAACCUACCGCCCCGCAGUAGGAAAACUAUACAACAGCUCCAGCAAGAAUAUGAUUCUGAUGAAAACAAGAAUAGAAGAAAAAAGAAAAACGAUGCUGAUGAGUCUGAUUCUAGUGAUGAUGAAGAGGAGGACCGACCUAAAAGAAGAGGUCGUCCGAGAACCAUUGCCAAAGAGAGUGUAAAGGGUUUCACCGACUCGGAGAUCAGAAGGUUCAUCAAAAGCUUCAAGAAGUUCGGCCAUCCUAUGACCAGACUGGACUCGGUAGCAUGUGAUGCAGAACUCCAGGAGAAGUCUGAGGCUGACCUGAAACGCCUAGCUGAAACACUAAAGCACAACUGUGAGGUGGCCAUGGAGGAACACAAGACCAAGCUAGAGGGCGACCCAAUUUUAACUGGUAAGAAGACACACAGGGGUCCAACAUUGAAAAUUUCCAGUGUGACUGUCAACGCCCAGUCCUUGCUGAAGGCAGAACAAGAGUUGGAACCUUUAGCUGUUUCUAUACCUUCCAACAAGGAGGCAAAGAGCAGAUACCGUCUGACUGCCCAUGUGAAGGCCGUUCAUUGGGACUGUCCAUGGGACAUUGAGGAGGACAGCAACCUACUCAAGGGAAUCUAUGAGUAUGGCAUGGGCAGCUGGGAGGCUAUCAAGAUGGACCCUGGCCUCAACUUACAUGACAAGAUACUGCCGGAUGGUGGAGACCUUAAACCACAGGCCAAGCAUUUACAGACACGAGCUGAAUACCUCCUUAAAGUGCUCAAACGACAAUUUGACAUAGAGAAGCAUGGCAUCACUCCAGCUACCAAAACAAAAAGGAAAAGAAAACCAGUUUUAUCUAAAGCCGAAGUGUCAGAAAAAGACUUAUUAUCAGAUUCUGACACUGGCCAGCAUCAUGCCAUGAAAGAAGAAACCACCCUAGACAGUCUUCCAGAAAGUCCAGUUAAGAAAAGAAAGAAGAAAGACACGAGUGAAAAGGAGGCAAAGUCCCACAUGGCUGACGAUGAGGACACCAAAGAUUCUGUCGACUUUCAUAGAGAAAACAAGAAAAAGAAGGGAGCAAAGACAAAAAGCAAAAAGAACAAAUCGGGUCCAGUACAUAUCACUGCGGAGAAGGAACCAGUGGCGAUAUCCAUGGAGGUGGAGUUUGGUGCCGAGUUACCGUCUAACGUGUUUGCUAAGUGUAAGGAGAGGAUGCGGCCUGUAAAGCGAGCACUGAAGCGACUGGACAAUCCAGACGAAGGGCUCACAGAGAAGGAGCAAGUUGUGCACACUAAGCAUUGUCUACUCAAGAUUGGCGACCGUAUCAACGAAUGUCUGGCGGAGUAUAAUGAUCCAGACAUCAUCAAACAGUGGAGAAGUCAUCUAUGGAUAUUUGUGUCGAAGUUCACUGAAUUUGACGAUCAAAAACUACAUAAACUUUAUAAACGGGCCUACAGAAAACGUGAGGAGGACAAGGAGAAGGAAGAAAUCGAACCUCAUUCCCAGGAGAGACACCACCACUCCUCAACGUCCCACGACAAAUCUAGUCACAAGCGACAAUUAGACCAUGCUGACCACAUCAAAAAGGAGCACUCGCAGAAACCAAUGCACAACAGUGGGGACCACUGGGCUAGUAAAGACCACAAAAAUUCUGCCUCUAAUAGUAACGGUCCCUGGCAUAGUGCAGCCACGAAAGGAGGGCGAGACAGUGCCAGUCAACGCACUGACUCAAAAACUAUUCCCGCUGAUAGGUGGACACAAGCCAGUCCACUAGCACGACCUGACGAUCCAGCCAGAAAUAGGCAAGUUGUGUUCAUGGGGCAGGGGUGUAUAUGUCUUUANUCUAACAAACAACAGGAUGGUUACAGAGGAUUCCACGCCAAUGAUCAUAAAUACGGAGCUAGUGAUAGCCAUCACAGAUUCAACAGUGAUAACCGACGUGAAUAUACGUCUGGGAGCCAAAAACAAUUUCAUCGAGACAACUCAUCAACAUUUCACCACCACGACCGGCCGGAUCACCACAGCAGUGGGAAAUACAGACCAGACAGACCAGACAGACCAGACUACCGCAUAUCAAGAAACGACAGGAAUGACCGUGGUGGUAGUGGUGGUGGUGGUGGCGGAGACUACCAACGGGCCGACUAUGGCCAGUUUGGUCACCGUGACUACGGAGGUGGUGGUGGUGGAGGAGGAGGCAGCACUAGCUCGUCAAGAGGCUUCGCUCGACCGAGUGGUGACAAUUAUGUUUCCCAUUCCGAUCGGAAAAGGAAAAGUGACAAUUUUGAAAAUAGACGAUCGUAUAGUAGUAGUUUAAAAGACCCUAGACUUAGUGAAGAUCACAGUAAUGAGGGAUCUUCAUAUUCCAAUGUAGGCAGUGAUCCGCAAGGAAAACACUGACGAAAGGGGAGCAGCUGAUUCAUUCUUGUCUCAUUGUGUUCAUUGUCAACCUGAGCAGCCAUGCUUAUCAAAUCUGGGAUCCUUCAGUGUCCAACAGUUACGCUCACAGAUAUCGGAGUCGACAACAGGACAGUCUGGCCGGUAUUAUGUGUGUGUAUUGUGUGGACAAUUGUAUCAUCCCUGCAUCACCAUUGUAGAAACUUUUCAGACUUGUCACAAAGUCAUCACAGCAGAACCUUUCAGAUCAUCAUCAUUGUCAUCCCCUGAUGUGAAGCACAUGUCUGAUAGAGAAUGAAUCUCGUGUGAUGUUUGGUGUGGUGAGAGUCUGUGCUGACCUUGAGUGGGUAGCAUGUUGGGUGAGUGUGUCGGGAUGUAAAGAUAGGCGGUGCUACAGUCUCACCUGAUGAUAUAAACACAGAUUUAAACGUGGAUCUUAAAAAUUUUCAUCAACAUACAUACAUACAUAUAUCAACUUUUUGAACUGACAAAAUAAGCUACAAGGUAAAUGUGUUCAUUUCUUGUAUAUAUUUUAUAAAGGUACAAGUUUUGUAUCUUCUCUGUUUUCUGAUUGACUUUAGAGAGAAAAAAUAAGGUCACUUGUUAAUGAUAUCACAAGUUGCUUAAUUUCUCUGAUCAGUCUGCAAUUUGAUUGAAAUGAGCAAACAAUACCUACUCCAACAAGCCUCUUACUGCCAAAGACCGAGAAACCAAGGGGAGUUAAUAGAAGCUAAUGGUGUGUAGGUGACUGUGAAAGAACCACCUGUACAGUGAUAAGAUUGUAGGCCAUUUGAUGAAAAUAACUGCCAAGCCGGAUGAUAUUUUGCAGAUUGUAAACAUUAAGGAUAUAUGCUACAGUGUACGACAUACUUAUAACUGUAUCUGUUGCCUCUCCCUUGAUUGUUCUCUGAAAAUUAAAUAUCUCGUAAUAAACAAUUAUGUGAUUGUUACCAACUCUUACUUUGUGUACCUUUUACAGGUGUCGUCAAUCAACAUCUCAUAUAUAUUAAAACUUAGAAAAGACAGUUUGCUCGUGUCUUUUGGAAAGAAAUGUUAUCUCACAAGAAUGAAGCAUAUGUCCUUAAGUCAAUCAAACUGGUUGUUGUACUUGGUUAUCUGUAGCAAUAAAUGAAAUGAAAGAACAAAGAAAUAGAUCAGAUGUUGCGUAUUAAUUUUAUUUUUGAGAAUUUUGUAUAUGAAAUGUUUGUAUUUUAAGUUUAGUGCUACUGUACAUGCAGGAGGUAAUGGCUUAGUCGUUGGAAGUGAACAACAACAUGUGUAGUAGUGGACAGAGAAUUGUUAUUUGUUGACGUUUUUCCCUCUUGAUAUUGUAUAUCAAAUAAUUUAUUUUAAGCAAGUUUAACUAUAGGUUUAAACUGAGUGUUUGAUACAACACCUGGUAUAUAAGUAUUUGAAGAAGUUUUAAUAUGUAUACUACAAGUGCAUAGACACUGUUGUGCUAUAGGAGACGUGUGGGUGUAUGUUGUGAUACAGAAUUAAUACACCACACUGAGGCGGCCGUGGCAACGUCUUGUUCUACAUCACAAUUUAUAUAUUUUCAUGUUGAUGCGUGAAAAUCUUCACUUUUUCAAUUCCUGUCAAACUUAAUCAAAUAUACAACAUGCUAUAUUGUACAUGAUUAUAUUUUUUAAUCAGUACUUGCAGUUUAAUUUCGUAUAGCCAAGUAAGGGGUUAUUCAAUUUAAUUUGACAAUGUUCAUGUGUGAAAUUGUCGUAAACAGGAUAUCAGGAGGGAAAUAGAACAGUGUUUGCUAAAUAUCCCGAGUGUCCACACACAACAAAAGAUAGAUGGGUAUAAGUGUCCACACACAACAAAAGAUAGAUGGGUACAAGUGUCCACACACAACAAAAGAUAGAUGGGUAUAAGUGUCCACACACAACAAAAGAUAGAUGGGUAUAAGUGUCCACACACAACAAAAGAUAGAUGGGUAUAAGUGUCCACACACAACAAAAGAUAGAUGGGUAUAAGUGUCCACACACAACAAAAGAUAGAUGGGUAUAAGUGUCCACACACAACAAAAGAUAGAUGGGUAUAAGUGUCCACACACAACAAAAGAUAGAUGGGUAUAAGUGUCCACACACAACAAAAGAUAGAUGGGUAUAAGUGUCCACACACAACAAAAGAUAGAUGGGUACAAGUGUCCACACACAACAAAAGAUAGAUGGGUACAAGUGUCUACACACAACAAAAGAUAGAUGGGUACAAGUGUCCACACACAACAAAAGAUAGAUGGGUACAAGUGUCCACACACAACAAAAGAUAGAUGGGUACAAGUGUCCACACACAACAAAAGACAGAUGGGUAUAAGUGUCCACACACAACAAAAGAUAGAUGGGUACAAGUGUCCACACACAACAAAAGAUAGAUGGGUAUAAGUGUCCACACACAACAAAAGACAGAUGGGUACAAGUGUCCACACACAACAAAAGAUAGAUGGGUAUAAGGAAUAAGGCCGUCUGAAUGUUGACACAAAUUUGUCUGGGCUACUCAAAAGCGCUGCUGUCAUUUUUUUUGAGCUUUGUACUCUUCAUUAAUAGUAUAACAGUUACUUGUAUGAAAUGUUUUUGUUCCGAGUUAUGCCCCUUUACUUUAACAAAGAUUUGUCCUUAUGAAGUACCUCCUAGAUUUCACUGACUCUUUGUAUACUUAUAUGCAAGGUAUUGUUAAUUAUGAAGUUUAUACUGUCAAUGUUAUAAGUAUAUUACAACCAAAAGUUCUUCCUUAGAAGGGCCAGUGGUAGGAGUUAGAAUGUCUGAUGGUGUUUGACUGGAUGAAUUCUAUUACAAAUUAAGUUUGAAUUCAAAGACUUUUUGAGGUAGUAAUAAGUAGCAAAUAUUUGCAUUUAAAAAUAAAACUAUUUCAAUAUUUUAUGUUAAAAAAAGAUACCCCAAAAUUGCUAUUAAUGUCUUAAUAUAAUAAAACCUUGUAAAGUUCAAGGCAAUGAGAUAAGGCUGUAGACAAACGUUUGUUGAAGGACUAUUAUAAAGACAUCUGUUAUUAAGAGGUCAGUUGAGGACUGAUGUGACUGAGGCUUCACAACCCAAUUUACAGGAGUAAAGUGAAGCAGAUAUACAAGACUUCAGACUUUGGCUUGCUGCCAUUGACAGGUCAAUCUUUAAUGUAGCUAUGAUUUUACAAUUAGAAAAACAAAACAAUAACAAAGCCAUGGAUACCAUUUAAUAGACACAGAUUUGUGGAACAAUAGUUGGCAGGACCACUGACUUUUUUUAUUGAAUUAAAGAUUUUAAAUUUCAAAAUUAACUGCUGCCUGUUAAAAGAUUUUUGUUGAGAUUGCUGCAAGUUGUUGUUUUAAUAUGUCUUAAUUAGGUUCUGUUUGUGACGAUUACAGACACGUUGCCUAGCUCUCGGGUCACCAGGGCCAAGUUGUUCCAAGCUUCAGGACAUUUUUUUUUGUCUUUUUGCGAGUAAAUUUUGGCUCAUCUGCCAUGAAGUGCCUGUGAGCUUCUUAUAGUGCACACUCCGUCGUGAGACAGCUGAAGAUAGGGGCAUAUUCUCAAGACUUUAUAACAACUUUUAAUGAAAAUAUCUUGUUUUGAUUGCUUAGAUAUCCAGAUGAGUGACACUGGACCCCGAGGAUUCUGUUUUUAUCCAGGUUUGCAUGAAAAGAUCAUUUUCAGCCAUAAGCUUAUUAAAAUAUAUAACACUAAUAUCCUGUGUUAAUUUAAAGAAUUUAAAAUGCAUGUCUUGAUUUACAUGAAUAGGGAUGAAAAGAGAAAAGUAGGAAAGAAAAUUAAACCGGAAACAAAAAAAUACAAGCAAAACUUUCUUCUUUCUUAUUUUGACCUUAUGGCUUACUUUUAAUGGUGUUGCAUCUUGUUAAAAUCGGGAGACUUGAGGAAAGUAGAUUCCAUGAAGCGAGUUGCUGUGAAUACAGUUUCACAGGAAAAGAUUGUGACAUUGUCAAAUUGUCAAUAUUAACUUAAGAUGAGUGAUAAGGUAAAAACUGUUUUUAUGAAGAUUUGUGAUAUAAUAUGUUAACAUUUGAUUUAUAAAGGUUGAUGUUGCCCUCUUAGUUCUAUUGUGCAAGCUGUACAAGGCCUUUACUAGUAUUACAGGAUUGUUGUUCUGUGUUCACUUAUUUCUGUGACUGAGCUACUGGUCUGAUACCCAGAACACAAAGUGACUGAGCUACUGGUCUGAUACCCAGAACACAAAGGAAAUGGUAGCAUAUUUGGCUCCACUGGCAAAUACUGAACCGAGCUGGUAACAGCACUGAUCCUUUUAAAGUUGCAUUGGAAAUUGUUAUUUUCUCUGUUCUAUUUUCCGUCCAGAUCUUAAAUCUACCACAUACAGUAUCACUUUGCUAAAUCUUUUUUUUUUAUCAAAGCCAUUGACUAUUCGGAUGACAUCUCCAUAAUAAAUAAAUCAUCAGGUUAUUUGGUAUGGCUGUUGAAAACAUUGAAUGAAAACUGGAAAUUUUUUACCUAUUGAACUUUCUGUAGCUCGUUGGAGAAGUAAGAAUUUGGUAUGUUAGAUGUGUAAGUGCUGGUAUGAUUGACACAGAUGUGAGAAUGUAAGAAAGUCUAUUUACAUUUAGUAGACAUCUGUACGUUGAUCAUGUAAGCUUAUUGUACAUAGCAAACUCAAAAGAUAAAAACAGAAAAUUUACUACAAAAAAAUCAAUAAAAUAAUGAAUUGAUAACUUA